AUGUCCGGGUCUCCUGUCUGCUCUGCUAAGAAUCCUGAAGGUUGCCGUAGCCUCCGGUCAAGCGAACACUAUAACGGUGGAGAACUGCGUCUCAGCGCUCCUCCGGUCUCAAAGGUGUCCCAGAUCUCCAAUCUUCCAGAAGCAGUUUUAUGGCAUCGGAACACUGUCGCCUGUCUGAUUUCAAUUCUUCGUCAAACCUCAAAUCCCAUUGCCAUUGAAGCUGCCAUCGGAGCACUGCAGAACUUGAGUGCCGGCGAGUGGGAACCCAGUGCCCAAGUUCGUCUACUCUGCGGUCUCCCUCUUAUUGUGGAACUUCUUCACGCCCCCGUCUGUGCCAUUGUCUCAUCUGCGGCCAGCGCCCUCCGAAAUCUGUCUGUUGAACCCGAGACGCGUGAUCUUCUCGGAAGCCAUGCAUUGCCUGUGAUUGUGGACAGUCUUCCCUCCACCACGGACAGUCCGCCCACGGUGAUCCAACGGCCUGUGUCCCGCGCGGUUGUUGACCAUGAAACCCGAUUUUCAGCCGCACGACUUGUUCCUCUCUUGCUUCUCUGCUUAACUAUCCUUCGAGGACAGCUCGACUUUGCUCAUAUGCAAGCUGAUAGGUUCCAACUGGACGCGCCUUCGUCCUAUCGACACCAAAACGUGAAGGUGUUUUAUCAGCAUAUGCUUCCUGAAUCCAUGCUCCCUAAAGUAACCAGCCUUGUGCGGUCUGAAAGCGCUGGUGCUAUUUUGCAUCGUAUCGCUGAUCCUUAG